GCUGCGUUUCCUUGACAACAGGACUGGUUUAAUCGUGGGCAUAAGGUUUUUGCAGAGGUACGCUCCGGGAUGUAAUGGUGCUAUCCUCGUUGACUUUCACCGUAUGCUCCUUGACAUGGCACUGGAUAUUUCUCUUGAGGAGUUCCGCCGCCGCUGGGAGGCCGAGAUUCGCGAGGUCACAGAAAGAUCCGAGCACGGGGUCUCUGUGAAGCGGAGACGCUCUGGAGAAGGGUCUGAUAAUGAGGAUGUGUGUGAGGAACGGGCGUGGAGACGUCUUCCUGGGUCACCUCAGAGGGAAGUGGAGGAGGUGGACAAUGGGUACCUGGAGCUGGCAGAGAGAUUGUUGGAGGAUAAGCCCAAAUGCACACCUCGGGAUGUUGAGAGGCCCUGCUGUAUUCCUUUGACUGACAAACCGAUUUCCAGCUUCCCUGCUAGAGCAGCAGGAAACAGCUUGGUUGACCAGCUCAUCUGUGAUUUGAAUGAUAUCAAUGAGAUUCCCUUCUUCGACAUCCAGCUUCCUUAUGAAAUUGCCUUACAGAUUUUUCAGUACUUGGGUAUGACAGAACUUGGAAGAUGUGCACAGAGAAUCCCUAGUACGCCCCAUAGCCUUACUCCUAGAGUCCUUGAUUUUGACCGGAUCAUAUCGUUUGACUAUAAACUUAUUCGCCAUAAUGUCUGCUUCUUUAUUGAAAUCGCUAAUAGAGCUACAAUUUCUUCUCAGCCUGAGAAACUGGCUAUAUGGAAUGUUGUCUUUCCAAUGGCGUUGAUGGGCACUCUUAUAGUCAAUGAAGCUAUUUCUUUCAGUGGGUUUCCUAUAGUUGGUAACUGCUAUUUUAUUAUCACUAUUUACGAAUAA